UUGUGAGUGGACCCUGAGCAGUCACGUCUCGCUUCCCAAUGUGGACGAACUCUUCUCCGUCAACGGCAGCGUUUUUGUUGGCAAAAUGGAAGUAGAGAAACAAACCAGAGCUGAACGUGAUCAGCAAGGCUCUGUUGUGAAACCUAGACGGUUUCGCGAGGCAAUUGUGUCUGGUGACGUCGAUGUGCUCUCUCGCUUGCUCUCCGACGGAGCUAAUCCCGACCAGGUGGAUGAACUCGGCUGUAGUGGCCUUGUAUUGGCACUUGAUGUACAGAAGUAUGACGUCGCCAGACUGUUGUUGCAACGAGGUGCCUGUCCUAAUGCCAGGUGUACAGACGGGAUGUUUGUGCUGCAGAAGGUGGCUCGAACUGGGGACGUUGUAGCUGUUGAUCUUUUGCUCGCUCAUGGCAGCACAAUAAAUAUUAGAGCUCGACUCGGUCCAGUGGCUAGUGCGAUAUCCAAGACUCCACUAGCACAUUCUAUUGAAAGAGGGAAUCUCUUAGUUUCGAAAUUGAUUAUCACUCGUUGUCCUGUUAAUCGUUUGCCGGCUUUAUUGAACGCACAGGAUGUGGUCGGGCAGACUCCACUGCAUCAGGUUUCGUUGUGUCGACAAUAUUCGGCGAUUCGAUUGGCUCAGAUUAUGUUAGAGAAAGGCUCGUUUGUAGAUGCUCAGGAUAAACUGGGCCGAACGCCACUCUUUUAUGCUGCCGAGUGUGGAAAUCGAGAAAUGGUUCGUGUGUUGGUUCAUCACUAUGCGUCGUUAGACAUCUGUGAUAUCAAGGGGCAGACGAUCACAGGCCGUGCUCGUGCUAAGAGUCACAUACACGUUGCAAAAUAUCUAGACAGGAAGAUGAAGGCAGUAGAUUAUAAACAAAAUGUAAAUUGCUUAUUUCAGGCGGGCUUAACCGGUCAGUUGGACGAUAUCAAACAGUUGAUUCUCGCCGGUGCAUUAAUAAACAUGCAAACUCGUAAUGGUUUGACUGUGUUGCACGGCGCUGCAAAAGGAAAUCACUUGUCUCUGGUUCGCUUUCUGGUGGCUAGCGGUGCAAGGCUAGAACCCGAGGAAUCACUAGAGUCUCAAUCCAUGCAGACAGCUCUGAACAUGGCGGCCGAAUCUCAUAGCUGGGAUGUUACCGAAUACUUGUUAGAUGCUGGAGGGAAUCCUAAUGCGAGUCUGGUGUUUUUCCGUAAUCCAGCUUACCAUGCUGCCGAGGCGGGCAAACUCAAUGUUUUAAAGAAACUGUCGGAACAUGGUUGUCAGAUGGAUCAGGCGAUAAUUGGUGCUGCGAUGGGAGGACACUUAGAUAUCGUGAAAUAUCUACUAGCACAAGACAUAUCUGCUUAUACAAAAGAUCGGCUGUCUGGAUUACGACCUGCAGACUGUGCCAUUCUGUCUGAGCAUUUUUACGUGGCUACCUAUUUGUUAACAGAGCUGAAAGUAUCUCUUAAUAUCCCGACGGGACACGGCGAUCAGUAUCGAUCGACUUUGCAUUGUAUAUUGAGCAAGACGGUCGAUGCAACGAACGCGGUGCUGUUUGUUCUUCAGAACGGUGGAAGGCUUCAAGCAGCCGGUGAUAAAGUUAUACCUCAACCUUUGAAUUGUCCGGAAUUACUUUGGAGCAUCACACAGAUAUUACUGGCAGAGGAGCAACCGUUCUCGUUGAGAAAUUGCUGUCGGAUGACCGUCAGGCGCAGUUUGAUUGGUGCACCCAACACGUCCGUGCAGUGUCUACCUCUCCCUUCGAGUCUCAAGUCGUACUUGCUAUUUAACUUGUGACAUAUUCUUCAGUGAUUUUCGUGUGGCGACUAAUACAUGCACAUAUUGGCAAUUUACUUUCGAAUGUGAAGUUUUUGACUUGUUAAUUAUCAUCUCAAAUUCUAUUCUGUUAUGUCUAAAUAAAGUCAGCAGACAGUUGCAUAUAUAUUUUUAGCAUUUUCGUGCUUAACUUUGACGUCUAUGAUGACGAAUAGGGAUGUAACUUUUUUCUAAGCAGCAACCUGUUUCUGUUUGAUGUCUGUAUACAUGUGUUUGCAUUAUGGACUGUUCGUGGAUGUGGAUAGAGCUUUCAUGUAUUGUGUGUGGCUAGAGUGAGAGCAAUGGCAUGACAAGAGUAUUACUGUAAAUUGAUUAACAAAUAAAUUAUCGUUUUUGUUUA